UUCUCUGCGCUAAAAGCGGCGCUGACGGGUCCGCUGUUCGUGUGCGCCAACAUGGCUGAUGAAACGGCGAGAGCGCAGACAGCCCAGCCGGGCGGAGACACGAUAUUUGGCAAAAUCGUGCGCAAAGAGAUCCCUGCCAACUUUCUGUACGAGGACGAUCUGUGUGUAGCUUUCCCUGAUGUUUCUCCUCAAGCUCCCACUCACAUCCUAGUCGUCCCAAAAAAGCCAAUUGUUCAGCUGUCAAAGGCCGAAGACAGUGAUGCUGCAUUGUUGGGCCACAUGAUGAUAGUCGCAAAGAAGUGUGCUCAGGAUGCAGGUCUGUCUAAAGGCUUCAGGAUCGUCAUCAAUGACGGACCUGAUGGAGGCCAGUCGGUCUACCACAUCCACAUCCACGUCCUGGGUGGACGCACUAUGAGGUGGCCUCCCGGCUAACCUUCCCCCGGCACAGAUCACCCCGCCAUACGUGUUCAGUGCUGUUGUCUGAAAACCACUAGUGUUAAAUUUGGACUAAAUUGGUUCAUCCUGUGAAAAGAGUUGAACAAAACCCUGGAGAUCCAUCAGUGGUAAUAAAACGCACUUCACAACAA